CACAGCACACUGUAUUUGUGUGUGUACCUCUCCACACUCCUCUGUAUCUACAGGCCGGAAGAUCCCUUUUCUUCACCGGCCUUCAAGGAACCGCCUUUCAUCAAUUUUCUUGAAGAUCUCUUUGCUCUGAAUCUCGCCUCCGUUCAUUUCUUUGCGUUUGGUGUGAACACAAAUUGUGGAAGAUUCUGACUUCUUUUGGCAAUGAUGAGUUAGAAAGUGUUUGGAAAAUGGCGGACGUAGCAAAAUCUGGCAGGAGGGUUUCAGGGCAACAACAGAUCUCAGAUGGUGUGGGAGAUAAGACCAGAUUAUCCAAAGUUAUUGGGAGUCCCCAGUGUGAAGAAAUGCAUCAUGAAGUGCCUAAACGUGCAAUGAAUAAGAAUACGGUCCGGCCAAAGUCUUCUGAGUGUUACCAAAAACAGCGACCGGAUAACAAAGACGAGGAGCUUGUGAAGCACAUGUCGAAUUUGCCUAAAUAUCUGCAGAGAACAGAAAUGGAGAAAAGUGUUCAAGCAAAAGCUUUGAGUUUUGGGGUUAUUGACUGGAACCAUCUAGAAAAAUGGAAAUACAGUGACCGUAUUCCAGCUAGAGACCACGAGAAAGUGUCAGUAUUGCCAUCUUCAGGGGGUGAUUUGUCAUGUCCCAGGCCGCCUAAAGCUUAUAGUUCAUUCCCUCAACAGAAACACAUGUGCCCACCAUUUCCCCAUGAACAAAAGCUUUCUGGACCCAUGAAGCACUCCCGAGGAAAGUCCAUGCCUGGUCAAGAGUUUUUUACAGCCCCGGUGAGCACAAAACCAGUAACUUCUAGGAGGAAAUCUUCCGAAGCAAACAUUAACAAAGACAGUAAGGUUUCUGAUGAUAAAUCCAAACCAGGGAAAGAUGAUAUGUUCUCUGACCAGUCAAAGAUUGACAGAAGGGAUGAUCAAAAUGGUAGAGAUAAGGUCAAAGCAGGCAUGCAGGUGAAUUGUGCUCCUAAGCCACGAAACAUUGUCAUUCUAAUGCCAAAAGCAAAACAUUCUCAGAUUUCAGAAUCCCAAACUUUCUCAAAUGUGGACUCAAUGGAGCCAGAAAAGAAAAGUUUUUCUCAAGAAUCUUGCUCAAGAGAACACUCCCCUAUUCCACCUUCUACUGAUAAACAAUCCAGUAUGAAGGAUUCUUUGGACUCCUCUGAGACAUCUGAGGGGAAGGGAAAAUAUCCAUCACCCACGAGACGAUUUAGCAUGAAUCUUGGCAUGAUGAAUAGGAGUUUAAGUUUUAAAGAGACUCCAACAGCUCCAAGAUUGCCGGAUACACAUACUAUUCCCAAGUCUGGUCCAGUGAGUUCUGGGGUAGAAAGGUCAAAAGCUAACGGGAAAGGGAGAUCAAGUCCUUUGAGGAGAUUGUUAGACCCACUUUUGUUAAGGUCCUCCAAGGGGACUCAUACAGCUGAGACUAGCAAUGAGAAGUUAGAUUCUACAAGCAACAAGGAACACCCAACAUCAUCAUCAUCAUCUUCUUCUGGGGCUCUUCUACAGCUUAGUAUAAAGGACGGCCUCCCUUUCUUCAAAUUUGUUGUUGAUGGCAGCCAAGACAUUUUAGUUGCUGCUGUCAAACAGUUACCAAAAACUGGAAAGGGAGAUGGACGUUUGGUUUAUUCUAUCUAUACAGUUUCUGAGAUAAAAAAGAAGAGUGGAGGCUGGAUGGGCCACGGAUCAAAGGGUGGUGAGAAAUGUAGUGAGUUCGGAUAUAAUAUGAUUGGGCUUAUGAAGGUUUCCAGUUCUUAUGUCUUCAAAUCAGGUUUGAGAGAAUCCGUGUUGUACAGCGUGAAUCUAGGACAGGUGGUGGACGACAAGCAAACCGCGUCAGAGUUUCUUCCGGACAGGGAGAUUGCAGCUAUUAUAGUUCCAAAUUCUGGCAGCAUUGUUGUCAUUCGUCCGGGUGGCGUUCAUGGGUUGCCCCAAAAAGGAACUCCAUCUUCACUGGUUGAAAGAUGGAAAUCUGGUGGGGUAUGUGACUGUGGUGGGUGGGAUGUUGGUUGCAAGUUACAGGUUCUCACUGAACAUGAGAAAGACUGCAAUAACCUUGCAUUGUUCCUUCAGGGAGGAGAGCAAGAGAGAAAGCUCAUCUUUAGCUUGGCCCCUUUGAGGAAGGGGCUCUACACAGUACAAUUUGACCAGUUAGUCCCUUUGGUAGAAGCAUUCUCCAUAUGUGUAACAAUCCUAACCGGUCAGAAAAAAGUAUGCCGAAUGUUGGAGGUGGCAGACCCUUCUGUUAGCUCCGGAGGUGUGAGGGAGGCCGAAGUGACAACUGCUGCCGCAGUCCAAGGGGGUCAGGGAUCUGCCAAAUAUGCGCCUUCUCCGCCACCUUCCCCAGUUGCCAGGAUCUAGUGUUUUUUUUGUUUAACUUUACGUAUCGUUCUUGCUUUUUUGAUAAAUGUAAAGCUCUUAGUAUGCUUGUUAGUGCAAUGGUUGGUUAUUCACUCACCCAUUGCUUCUGUGAGUAUAGAACCUCAAAACGUGAAAUCUCCUACCGGUAAACGAGUAGCAUUAGUGGCCUGCCUGUGUUGGUAGCUACUUUUCUUUGG